AUGUACAAAUCCGAAUCCCUCAGUUGCACGCGGUGUUGGAAAUGGCCGUGUUGUUUCUUUUUGUAAUGAAAAAUGUGUAGCCGCCAUCCUGCAUCUUCUACUUCAAGGCAUAUUUGGUGUCUUUGGUAUUUGUUGACAGUUAUUUCUGCAGUAAGAUGCGGGGUGUCGCCAUCCAUUGAUGUUGAUAUUUUCAGUAUGCGGUCCCCAAUUAAAUGCUACAAAGAUGACCUGAUUCCUGUACUAAAGGUAACAUGGGACAAAUUCAAAUUAGAAGUGAAUCAAGUACCGGACACUGGUUCAAUAACCAAAUAUUUCCUUCAGUCAGAAGGAGCAAACCUAAGAUCCAAUGCAGUGGCAUGCAUGUCAAUGCAGAACCUGUCAUCAUUCCAUUUUUCUAUUACUGGCAAUUUUCUCAAUCAACCUGUUGAACUUUAUUUUGAUUACAUGCUUGAGGAUGCCAAUGGGUUCUUUCACUACCCAAAAUCUGCAAAGAAAUUAUCCUUUUGGCUGAAAAAAAUGAAUGGUCAACCAGUAUUUGAGGAAGGUGAAAUGCCAGACCUCCCAUGGAACUUCUUUUUCCAAUAUGUAAUACAGGAUACAACCUUCAUGAAUGGAACAUUGUCCACCAACUGCAACCUUUUUGAGACAAACUCAAAACCAAUGUGCAUCUACAAAAGUCUUUUAAAUCUUCAAGCAAAUCAACUUUCCUGGAUCGCAGAAGGGAAAAUUCAUCGUUCUUUAGAUAGUGCCAUCUUGUCAGCUCGACUUACAGGAAGUGCAUCUCACCAGCCGAUAGACCCGCUUUUUUUCAAUGCAAAUUGGAAUACUUCGCAAGAAUUGUUCGUCCUCUGCUCGGACCUUGUAUUAGGUGAACAAUCAUUAUUGUCAUUGACAAUCAAAUCAUCUUCCCUUAACGGGUGGCAGUUGAGCGUCGAGAUUGUUUCAUUUGCAUUCGAUUGGCGAUGGUUCAUCAAUUGGAGUAUUCUACUGAAACAAGAUGGCCGAGAAGUUACAGCUAUAUCAGAGGGAAAUUACUUAUUUCAGCCAAGUGCUAUACCGAUCAGAUAUCGCUUUGGCUUAUUGGAAAGCAACUCGUCUUCACGAGUUUUCGUGCUACGACACAACAUCAGCUCUGCGUUGUAUCGCUUUGAAGGCAAUAUGACAAUUGACGUGGAAUCUACGGAUUCAGAUCCCGAAAUCAUCACAAAAAUUACCCAAAAAAUACGUACGUCAUCGUUAGAAAGACCUCUGCGGCUUGACCUACAACAGAUUUUUCAUCAAUCUGGCUAUUGGACCUGGGAAACCGUUGUGUUGAGGUCCGGCUUGUUCGACAUGCACGUUUCUGGACACUGGAACGAUACAAUUUUCCAGCAUUAUCGAAAACUCUUCCAGAUUCAUUCGCACGAUGAAGACUGUUUACCCUCGUUGAACUUAGAAUUUGAUUAUUCAGAUCGACGUCGCUUUUAUCACCAGAUCUCGUAUCCGUUUUUGGCCUGUUCUUAUGGUCUCCUUGUUCAGCUUUCUGAAUCUUUUACAUUCAUACCUGCUGAAGUAAGAAUUCUUUAUCGAGACGAGUUUGAAACAAAUCACUCGCGAAGCAUAUUGCAACUGAAGUUCUCCGAAAUUAACUCUAUUUUGAACGCUCAAGCAUCUGUUGAGUGGUUGGACGUAAAUCGAAUGAUUGCAGCUAUUAAAAAUCAGCUGAAUAAGAUUACCGCUUGGAUGGCAGAUGAACAGCAUCCUAUUAACGAGCUUCUUAAACCGAUUUUCCGUCGCCCAACCCUUGCCAAUAGUUUUGCUAAUGUGCUCAAGUGGUUAGAGAUUUAUUUCUGAUCAUAUCAAGGCUUCGUAGAAAAAAAAACUGGCAGUACAGGAGAUCAGAUUAUACAACAGUAAAUUUAGGCUUUCGUCCAACCGCAACACGUGUAAAUUUCAUUUGGAAAUGGAGUCAUUGUUAAAGAAUUAUCACGUUCAAAUGACAAUUCCUCACAUAUCUUGCCUUACCCCGCCCUGCAGCCACCUGGAGAAUAAAUUGGAAUAGAUUCUCAACACCUGCUCUUCCUCGUCAAGCGUUGGAAAGUGGUGAGUCGAGGGAUAAAACUAAAAUCAAAAUAAGCCCAACUUUAGUACUUUACCAUUAAAAUUAGGUAAGAUGGUCAAGUUUAUCUCCGUCUUAUGAUUACCAGAGGCAACAGUAAAUCUAUGCUAGCUACCCUGACAUACAGAUUCUGCCAGAUUCA